AUGAAGCUUCGAAAGAGAGCGUUAAUGGAGGCUAAUAAAGGUGGAGAAAUUAGGAAAGUUCAUAUUAUUUACUUUCUUAGCCGGAUGGGACACGUGGAGCAACCCCAUCUCAUACGUGUUCAUCAUCUGACCGGCGGUGGCGGCGGCGUUUAUCUCCGAGACGUCAAGAGAUGGCUAGGGGAAUUGAGAGGAAAGGACAUGCCAGAAGCCUUCUCAUGGUCAUACAAAAGAAAGUACAAAACAGGGUACGUUUGGCAAGACCUGGUGGAUGACGAUCUCAUAACUCCAAUUUCUGACAACGAAUAUGUCCUUCAAGGAUCCCAAAUCAUUUUCCCACUACUCUCUUUUUUUUCUUUCUUUUUCAAUUUCUCAUGAUUAAUGUUUUUGUUUUUCACAGAUACUAAAAAAUCAUUAUUCAGAGAGGAAUUGGAGCUAAAUGAAGAUUUUCAAUCCAAAUUUCUGCAAAAGAAUGUAGAAGAAUCUCCACCGUGCGAUUCGGAGAGAUCGACGGUGACGGACGAUGGAGAUUCCAUGAAGGUUGAAGAAGAGACAACUAAGAAUUUGGAGACACCCCCCAAACAGGGGAUAGAAGAAGAAAUACAUGAAAUUGAAGGGUUUAAGACGCAAUAUUCUUCUUUGUAUGCAAAAUUGGUGAAGAACAGCAAGGAGAAGGAUAAAGAAAAGGAUCUCAUGGAGAAGGAAGGUGGACCCACAGCCACGUCAACAGUUACGUCAUCAUCCCAACCUGCAUUUACAAAGAGCAAAAGCUACUCAAGCGGAGCUUCCCACGUGCUUCGUCAGUGGAUCACGUGCGGGCCUGGAGCAGUAGACACAAACGACGCCGUUUUGGUCAAGAACCGAUCUCCCAAAGAUCCACCGAAUCAACCGCCACCGGCGAAACUAAAAAACGACGCCGUGUUUUGCAGAGACGACGUGUUGGGCGGCUCCGCCCGAGUUAUCGGUAAUUCUUGUGAGGGGAACCUCGAAAUCCGCCGCCAAUACAGCCCGCAAACUUCUCGGAAAAGUUUCGACGAUUCAAGGAAGAAAAGGCCGAAGGAGAGCGGCGUUAGAAAGGUGGCGGCCACGGCAACCUACAAGCCGAUGGCAGGACCAAACUGCUUGUUAUGUGGGAAGACUUUCAGACCGGAGAAGAUGCAUUCACACAUGAAAUCAUGUAAAGGAAUCAGGUCUUUGACCAAGACUGCUUCCACAUCAGACAAAAUGGCACUGUCUAAGUCAACUACGACGAGAACUUCCGACAAGGAUUCAGUUUCCACCUACUUGUUGACCAACUGAAAGACUUUGCUUUGUCAAUCCAUUGUUAAAAUGUCAAUUUGUCAAGAGUAUUAUUGAAUGGGGUGUCUCCGUGUUCACAAAUUUGGUGUAAAUCUAGAAACAAUACAUAGUAGUAUUAUUUAAA